GUUCUCCCCCGAGCAGCAGAUUGGAGAUUUGCCUGGCUCAGAUACAAGACUAAUGGAGCUUCACUUAUGUAGGAAGAAAACACAGAAAGAUGACCCUAAUUCUUCAGAUGCCAUUAUUUGUUCUGCUGAUGAUGUUCUGUGCAAGAAUCUACGAAACAAUGACGGAAAGAUUCGAGAGCUAAACCAACAGGUUGCUUCACUUCAAAAUGUCAUCAUACAGGUCCAGGAGCUUUACCAUGGUCUGGUGGCCUUUUGUUCAGAGCUGAAAAAGAUGGAGGGAGAGGUGGAUACAGAGCAGCUAGACAGCUUGCAGCUGAAGAGAUGUCUAAGACAGGCACAGGACAGUCUGCAGAGGAAGAGACAGAGUCUUCAAAUCCUCAGGGAUAAUCUGAACAAUGCACCAGUGCAGAAGAAAAAGCAAGCAGAGGUUCGGCUGCUGGAGAAGAUGAGACUGAACUGCCAGGUGUUUAAAGAAGAGAUAACACUGGUCCACCUCAACCGGCAGGUGGCUCACCUACGUUCAGCUCUGGAGAACACCCAGGCCAAGGAGAGAGCCAAGAGGAAGAGCACCACUCUGACUCAGCUGGUCCCUUUGCAGUCUCCUGUCAUGCUGGUGGCCACCCAAGUGCAAGCAGACCCAGACGGUCAUUAUGGGUUCUCUGCAUGCUGGGUCGAGGGCCAGGGUCUGAUGGUGGUACAUACUGAGUGUACAAACCUCUGUCUGAAUGACAGGCUGGUGGAGGUAAAUGGAGUGAGUGUUUUGGGGAGCAGUGAGGAAGAGCUGGAGUUGCUGCUCAAGACGCCCACUACACACAUCAUCGUUCUGCGCCAACUGCCCCAGGAGCCUCCUCAGGAAGACCCUCCUGCCUAUCAAUCAACAUAGACUUCAGCUCUGAGUGAUCACCAGGACAUACAAGUGCUGCAAAAACACCAUGCAAUGUUAUCCAAUCAAACUGUCUAGACACUGACUUAAAAUGAUAGUUCACCCAAACAUAAAAUAUGUCUCAUCAUUUAACCUCAUGACAAAAUGUAGAUUAUCUCAAGCGUAGAUUACUUUUUUGUUUUGAUGAACACAAACAAAGGUUUUUAGAAGUACAUUUCUGCUCUUUAGACAAUGCAAGUGAAUUGUGACCAGACCUUUAUUAUAUAUAUAUAUAUAUAUAUAUAUCUGUUUCUCACCCAAAGUUAUUACAUCACUUCAGAAGACAUGAUAAACCACUGGAGUUAUUUGGAUUACUUUUAUGCUGCCUUUAUGUGAUUUUUGGAGUUUGAAAGGUCUAUUCUUGUUAAAAUCUUAAUUUGUGUUCAGCAGAAGAAAAAGAGUCAUACACAACUGGGGUGGCAUGAGGGGGUAGUAAAUGAUGAGAGAAUUUUCAUUUUUGGGUUAACUAUCCCUUAAAGUAUAUUCAAUUAAAUCUUAUGUUCUGUCUUUUUGCUGAAACAUGUUUUUUGUGCAUAAAAAAGCUAGAUGCUGCACAACAAAUAAAAUAGAAUAUAGGAAAUAGAAAGCAUAUAUGUAGAAAUAGAAAGCAGAUCUCAAGACCUCUCAAGAUUUAACAGUUUAAGUUAUUUUUAACUUAGCGAGAAGCAGCACAACGUCAAAGACAUCCAUCUACAUUGAUAAACAUCUGAAAAGCAGCGCAGGCAGACGCAAAAAUAUGUUUGGUGUGAAUGGCACCUGAUAUGAAAAUACUGUGCAUGUAUGAUAUGACAGUCUGUUUGUUAAUAUGACAUAUGUCUUGUUUUGGUACAGUUUGAGUAAGCAGGAAUUGCUUUUUGAAAGUAAUUUAUCCCAGUUAUAUGAACAUAUUGACAGUUUUUAUAUUCAGGGUAUACUGCAUUACAAUCUGGAUUUCAACGCAAUUUUAUUUUCAGGUGGGUAUGACUUUAUGUUUUUGGUUGACACUAAUGUAAUAUCCAUACAUUUAAAAAGUGGGUGGGUUAGUCAUACACUGCUAAAAAAUUAUAAUAAUAAUAAUAAUAAAAAAAAAUUAUAUCCAUGGGAAAAUAUAUAUUUUGAAAUGCACUCAACCAUGAAGGUCAAGCUAACUAAAUAAAUCAA